AGACGGAGGGAGGGAGCUGCUGCUGCUGCCGCCGCCGCUGCUGCCGCUCGGCGAGAGGAGAAAGACCGACGCGGCGGAUCGCACUCGGCAGGCUGCUAGCGGAGAGGGGGCAGCAUGGCCGGGCUACAGGACUUCCAACCAGGCAGCCACUGUCAUAGGAAGACGUGGAUCAAUAUACUACUGGGAAUAUUGCAAUUACUCCUACCCUGCGUCCAGCACGGAGGCGCUCAGCUGCAAGCUCUGAGUCAGAUGUCCACCAGCGUGGUCGAGGUCUGGCAGCCAGAAGAUGCAGAGCCACUAGUCCCGCUUCAGAUGGAGAAGGAGCGAAAAAAAGAUGGUCUUCCACUAGAAGACAGCUCCUCUCCAUAUACACGUGAGAAUGGGAGGCCCUUACAUUUUCAGCCCCCAGCGUUGGAGUUUGGGACUCAGCCGCUGGGGCUGCCAAGAGCUGAAACCAUAUAUAUACACAACCCCAGCCAGGAAGUUCCUGUGACCCUGCUGUCAAUGUUUACAUCCAGCAGGCAUUUUUACAUACCUUCCUUUCACAGAAGAGUGAUCCCACCCAGAGGGAAGGCAUCUUUUAAACUCAUUUUCCUCCCGUCUGAGGAGGGCAAUGUAGAAAACACAUUAUUUAUAAACACAUCGGCCCAUGGGCUCCUGUCAUACCAGCUUUUCGGUAUGGGAGUUCACCGGGGUUCGUUAAAGUCUGUCCAAAGAAAGGAUAGUCUGCUAAUAUUCCCUCACAUCCAGAGCAUUAAGCUGACCCAAACUCAGGAAGAUGCCUCCAACGUCACUACACUGGGUCUACUGCUGGAGUGCAGCUUACCCAAGAGUUUGCUUAACAACCCUCAGGGGUCCUGCCUCCAGAGUGAGGAGCGUCUCAGUCUGCAGAUUAAUCUGUCGGCGCGUGGCGACCGGCCCGCUGACCUGGACAAGCUCAAGCCUUACGUCAUCGAGCACAUUCUGGUGCUGCUGGUGGCCCCCACUGCUGGACAAUCUGCAGCAGGGGAACCAAAAAUAGGAGUUUAUAUGUUAAAUUCUGGUGGCAAGAAGCUCUACGUAAAGGAAAUGCAGGUGCUGUCAGGAGUGGAGGUCAGCCUGGAAUUUAAUCAGGUUCCUCUGAGAGCAGAAACAAAGAACUUCACAGAAGUGGCCACCCUGGCCUGCACAGGAUCAUUGCCAGGCCACGGAAGAAAAUGCAUAAGUCAUAUCGGUUUGAAGAUUCUGGGAAACAGUACAACGUACAGCUUCCCCGGACUACAUGUCCCACACGGCCUGUUCCAGGUGAAGCAGCGGGAUGCAGACCGGGUGGAUCUGUGGCUGACGAACACCCUCCCCCUGCCACUCACUGUGAUGAACGCCAGCCUCUCGCAGAAACUGCAGGGAGUAAUGAAGGUGAUGAACUUCAGUGGCCCGCUGACAGUUCCUCAGGGCUGCUGGCGCGUCCUGUCCCUCAAGCUGCUCAGCAGGGCGGUGCCUGUCAAUCACCUGUCCACCCUCAGGCUGGACACCAGCCUGGGCUCAGCCCUGCACGUUCCGCUCCUCUUUCACUCUACUCCUCCCAAGCAGGGGGAAGUGGUGUUUGAGGCGGAGCAAGAGUGUGGGCGACCUUGCCCUCUCAGAUUGUCCGAGACAGGUCGUUUAGAGUGGCAGCGUUCUCUCCUCUCAGACUUCUUCCCCUCGUCCUGGACCGUUGACAGCAAACUGGCGGCUGAGCUCUGCUCUCGAUGGCAGAGCCACAAAGACAAACUCCCUUGCAGGUGGCCCAGACUCCCUGUGGAGACGUCCGCUCCUCUGGACUUUGGGGCUACACCCGUCAACGAGAGCAAGGUGAAGACUUUCAUGCUGAAGAAUCCUUCACCUUCAGUGGUUUCUGUAGAAAUUCGACUCCUCUCCCUGUAUCCUGCCCCUUUAGAGGCUCUGGACCUCCUAACCAAAUGGUUUAAUAUCAGCCCCCUCUCUGUCAACAUCAGCACCACAGAGUUUUCUCUGUUUGCAUCCCCCCCAAAGGCGAGUGCGAACGUGGAGGCCGUGUCACAAGAGGGAGUCCUGCGUCUGCUGCUGCAGCCCUGGGAGGCCAGAGAGGUCGCUGUGGUCUUCACUCCCUCUGAACACAAACCCACCACAACCAUUCUCAUUAUCAGGAACAACCUGACGGUGUUUGACAUGGUGACGGUUCGGGGCCACGGGGCAAAGGAGCUGCUCAGAGUUGGAGGCAAACUCCCCGGCCUGGGAGCCUCCCUGCGCUUCAACGUUCCUCAGUCGACUCUAAUGGAGUGUCGCGAUGGUCUGCGCACCAACAAGCCGCUGUUCGCCAUCAGAAAAAGUUUCAAGGUGGAGAAUGCAGGCGAGCUUCCUCUGACCGUCAUGUCGAUGAAUAUAAACGGAUACAAGUGUCAGGGAUUCGGCUUUGAGGUGCUGCAGUGUCGCUCCUUCAGUGUCGACCACAACUCCUCCUCUGAGAUCACCAUCGCGUUCACCCCAGACUUCACCUCAUCCUGGGUGAUCCGUGACCUCACUCUGGUGACAUCACGCGGCACCUCGUUUCCCUUCACCCUCAACGUGACACUGCCCCACCACAUGUUGCCUCUCUGUGCUCAGGUGGUUCCUGGCCCGAGCUGGGAGGAAACCUUCUGGGUGAUCACCCUCAUCUUCACAUGCUUCUCUCUGUUCGGUGUGUGUCUGAUGGCCUUCCAUCAGGCUCAGUACAUCCUGACGGAGUUCUUCACACCCAGCAUCAGAAGCAACCACAACUCUGUCCUGUCCCGCGACAACGGCUCCAUCAACAAUAUCACACCCAAUGGAGUCAAUAAAACAAAGGGAAGCUGUAAGAGCUAUGUGGACACCUGUCACACCUCUGAUAAAGGAAAGGGGCGUGGCUCUCCAGCCUUAGCCAACAGCCCCGCACCACGUCCUCAGUCGGCGAAAAAAGGCUCCUCGAGCACCCCGACCCAACCCCAAAAGAAACACAAGGUUUCGCUUUAUUACACCAAAUACAAGUCAAGCUCGUCCCCAGCAGCAGCUGAUGCUGGGACAGUGGACGAAGAGCGCGAAGACCCGACACCAGACGCUCCCCUGACCCCAGACCCCGAUGUCUGCAACAACAACGAACCGGUUUUCAUCAGCGAACUGGAUAAAACGACUCCCGCGGACUUCAAAGUAGAAUCCCACAGCCCUAUAGAAGAUCGAGCUCCAGCUGUUAUGUUUCCCGUGGAAAUGCCUGCUGGUUUCCCAGACAACGUCACAGUGGGUCCAGGACCUAGACCGGGUCUUUUAGUGUGCAGUCCCGUCGAGAAGAGCUGCACUGAGCACUACGCAGAGAAGGUCGACUCUGAGAAAAGGGACAGCUCUGAACUGGAGCAGACAGAAGAUGGCAAAGGCCAGAAAAAGAAAGCACAGAUCAUCGAGACGGGCGCUGCACCAGGGAAUAAUAAGGGAAAGAGGAAUCGCAGGAAGACAGAAAAUAUCGCCAGCGCUCCGGAGCACAAUGUGCUGGUGAUGCCAGAGAGGGAGAAAGAACCCGAGUGGAAAACAGGAGACCGUAACGUCAGCGGACCCCGGAACAGGAACCGCUGCUGCAACGGCUCAAAUUCAGAAGCACCAAAGCCUGCACAUAGUGCCGAGAACCCCCUGAAACAAAACGGUGCGUGUCCUGCCCGCACUCGAAGAAAGUGUGCCACAGAGCGACGCGCCGGCGCAGUGUGCGAGUCGGGCUCAGACUCCGGCAGCUCGUCGGGCAGCGUGAGGGCCAGCAGAGGGAGCUGGGGCAGCUGGAGCAGCGCCAGCAGCAUAGAGGGAGACAAGGACGCCAGCUCUCGGACACACGGCUGCACUACCUCAUCUAGAAAAAGGGACUCCAUGCAGUACAAUGUCUACCCAGUAGAGAGAGACUGCUACCAGACCAUGAAUACUAACUACAAGGCUCUCAGCAUGAACAACUUGUACCGUAAAGACUCGUGCCAAAGCCCCGAUCCCGCAGCCUCCAGCUUUGUCCCCAGUUUUGCUGCUGUUGCUGCUGCAGGAGUGGACAGGAACAUGGACCUGACCGGUCAGUAUUUGCCUGAAGAGACGUGGUCGGCUCCAUCCGUCCCCCUCACCAAUGAGUUCAGAUACAACACCACUGAGGCGCUGCCCUACAUACCUCAGCCAGCCACCACCAGGUCGUACAACGGGUUUACUUGGAGUAGUGCCCACAGCCACUGCAACAAUCCCUACACCUACAGUAAGGAAGCCAACUACAUAGGUAAUGGAACAUUUCCAAGUGGUUUUCCUGGUCAGGAGGGUCAGAACACACAAAGUAACCAGACCAGCUGGACGGAGGAACAGCCACAAGAGUCACCCUCGACCUCGACCUGGGACACCGGAGCCUGUGUGGGCAGCAAGCCGUACUUCUCGGGCACCCGCAGCCUCUCCCCCAUGUCCAGCCUGUUUGGAUCCAUCUGGACGCCGCAGAGCGAGCCCUACCAGAGCCACUUCCAGCCCGAACGAUCAGCCCCGAUGUCCCCCGUGUCGCCCAUCACCCCUCCCCACUCCCCCUACAGCCGGGAGCCAGAGGUCACCUGCAGGCCCAUCCAGUACUCCAGCUUCAACCCAUUCGGCCCGCACAUGAACCUGGACAUAUGGAACUCUUCUUCCAACCGCAGCUCCAACUCGCAGCUCUCCAACGACUCUGGCUACUGCGGAGAUGUUUAAGCUAAUCCGCAGACCUUAAACGAUAAUUUCAAACAUAUAAAACAUUGAUAUGUAAAAGAAAGGAAAUAAAAAUGAAUGUUCUUUUAUCAUUA